UACAUAUCUGAACAUAUUUACAGGUGCUACGUAGUAAAUUGCCUUUGAAAUCUAUUCAGCAAGUAAUGACUGUGGCCACCAAGCUACAAAUUGAGAAUGAGAAGGUGUUCAAGAAAAUUUCUGAUGUUCUUGCACAAGCUGUGUUUGGAAGAAAAAGCAAAACAUAUUCUUGCGGGUGAGGUUCAAAUGUCUGAUUUUGAAGACGUUGUAAGGACGUCAGAGGAUGUCUGUGCACUUUUCCCUUCGCUCGAUGGUGUCAAGAAAGCUUUCUCAAUGGCAAAAUCGUGGUUAACGAAGUCUAAACCAUAUUUAGUUUCUGAUCUCUCUUUGACGUCAGUUGCAAGUUCUUUGCUUAAAGUUGACGACUUGAAGGAGUUGGUUUCGGAAUCAAAUUUAUUGAUGAUGUAUUUGGAAGAGCGGGUUUUGCUUGAAGAUGUCUUACAGACAUAUACGCAAUGGGGGCGUGAUGCGUUUUCUGCUCUAAACGAUGCUGAGUUCCUUUUGAAUAUUCUUGAUGGGGGUGAUAAGAUUUUGUUUGAUAUUAUCUCCACAUUUAAAGAUCAUGUUACCAAGAUGGAAUCCAUAAUGGAAAAUGAGUUAUCACUCCGUUUUGACUCUAUUGUGAUUCCAAAACUACGAGAGACUUGUGCAUUUUUCAAUUGGUGUUCUAAAGCCCUAAUUUUUCAUGAUAGUGUUCCCAUACUCAAGGUGACCGUGAAGUAA